AUGGCGUACGAGAAACAAGUAAAGAUAAAUGACGACAAGAAAAUUAAACCCAAGAUCACACUUCACGAUCCACUUCCUCUUGGCGAACGCAUUAAACGUACGAUACGUAAAAUGCCACCCGAAGUAGUUCCUUUUGUGGUGAUCAUCAGUGCGGCUAUUUUUGGAGGUCUUGUGGCCUUGGGGCACAAACUUGCCACGGAUAAUCAAUUAAGAAAAUAUCCCACGCACAGGCACACAGUGUUACACGCAAACUACAUUGGAAUUGAAGGUAAAUUGAUAGUCCCGGGUCGUAGUUUACUUGGAAGAUAUCCUAGCGCCAUGAAGAGUAGUUAUCAUAGAGAGAAAGAGCUCAAAGGACGUCUAUGGGAAAGUAGCAAAAGCUUACUUACCAUAUCACACAAAAUUGCAAGGGAUCUGACAGGCGGUGAAACCAAAGGGGGCACGGUUUCCAAAAGUGAUUCGAUAGAGAGAGAGAAUUUUGAAGAGUUCGUUGAAACAUACGUGAUGGUGGCAAAGAUUAUUCAAGGAGAAUUCAAAAUGCUAGUCUUCCUCGCGCAGUGA